AAUGAUCACAACUCAGGAUUGGAAUGUUUCCAGGAUAUGUUGGGCAGUUCUGCGAGUCCUGCGCUCCAGGUUUCCGCCAUUCUCCAGCUCAUGGGGGGCCGUUCACCAACUGCAUCCCCUGCGACUGCAACAGUCACGCUCGCAUCUGCGACUCUGAGACUGGAAGAUGCAUCUGUGAAGAUCAUACCACUGGGGAAAAUUGCGAACGCUGCUCCCGAGGCUACUAUGGAAACGCUCUUGCUGGAACCGCAGACGACUGCAUUCCAUGCAAUUGCCCUGAUGGCGGCGCCUGCAUUCAGCUGGAAGAGGAGCUCAUUAUGUGCACUGAGUGUCCCACCGGAUACUCGGGGCACAGAUGCGACGUCUGCUCCGAUGGAUACUUUGGAGACCCCACUGGACGGUUCGGGCCGGCCUCCCCAUGCCAGGUGUGCGAAUGCAACCAGAACAUCGACACCAACGCCAUUGGAAAUUGCAACACCACAACUGGGGAAUGCCUGCGCUGCAUCAACAACGCUGGAGGGUCCAGGUGCGAGAUUUGCCUACAAGGGUUUUAUGGAAAUGCGCUCUUGCAGCCGAAGGGCGACUGCAAGCGCUGCCAGUGCUACGCAGUUGGCACUCAAAGCGACCCUACAGGGGAGCUCAUCUGCCACUCUACAACUGGGGACUGCGCUUGCAAGGAGCGCGUGGUGGGCAAGAACUGCGAUAAGUGCGAGGAGGGAUUCUACAACCUGCAAAGCGGAGAAGGUUGCCAGAGCUGCAACUGCGACCCUGUCGGCUCGUACAAUCAAACCUGCGACUUGUCUAGUGGGCAGUGCUAUUGUAGACCGGGGGUGACUGGUCCUCGUUGUGACCAUUGCGAGGCCAGGAAGUACGGAUUUUCUUCGGACGGUUGCCUGGAGUGCGACUGUGAUGCAAUCGGGUCCAAAGACCUACAAUGCGACACUACCGGCCAGUGCCCCUGUUUGGACAACGUGGAGGGACGCAGGUGUGACAAAUGCAAGGAGAACAAAUACGAUCGCCAUCGAGGGUGUGUUGGUAGGUGCAAUUCUUCCCGCUGUUGACCAGCGGGCGAAC